UUGUAUCGUUGGACACCUGAUAUUAUUCCUGCUGGCACCAGUUGAAAACCUAGACCCCAACCAUUGUGAGCGCGGGCUGAAAAAGCCCACGUCCUUUCUGGAGAUGAAAAGCGAGAACCAGAGUAGACAGACCAAGAAUAAUGUACAGAAUAAGUUCAAGAGUCCAAUAGUCACCAGAAGACUGAAAAGGUGUUUGGCUUUUCCCACCUCUUGACUUGGAGGAGGAUGCAGCUCCGGUCCCUGUGUCUGACGCCACCAGAGAACCACCAGAGACCAGGAUGUCAAAGAAGAAGACUUUCCCCAGACCACCUGUCACACAGGAUGCAGAGAAGUUUCAUGAUGGCCCAACUAACACCAGUAGCACCAAUACCAUCCCAAAGAGAAGGUGCCUUUUCCCAACCCUGAUGUCUGAGCCAGACCCAGUGCCUCUCUCUGAGCCAGACCCAGUGCCUCUCUCUGAGCCAGACCCAGUCCCUCUCUCUGAGCCAGACCCAGUACCUCUCUCUGAUCCAGCAGAGACCAGCGAGCCCCAGCAGAAGGCAGGAAUCUUCAACCCACCUGCCACAAAGCGACUGAAGAGGACCAGAAAGUUGGAGCCAGCCCCAGUCCCUCUCUCUGAGCCAGCCCCAGUCCCUCUCUCUGAGCCAGCCCCAGGCCUUCUCUCUGAGCCAGCCCCAGGCCUUCUCUCUGAGCCAGCCCCAGUCCCUCUCUCUGAGCCAGCCCCAGGCCUUCUCUCUGAGCCAGCCCCAGGCCUUCUCUCUGAGCCAGCCCCAGGCCUUCUCUCUGAGCCAGCCCCAGGCCUUCUCUCUGAGCCAGCCCCAGGCCUUCUCUCUGAGCCAGCCCCAGGCCUUCUCUCUGAGCCAGCCCCAGGCCUUCUCUCUGAGCCAGCCCCAGGCCUUCUCUCUGAGCCAGCCCCAGGCCUUCUCUCUGAGCCAGCCCCAGGCCUUCUCUCUGAGCCACCAGAGAGCAUGAAGUCAAAGGAAAUGGAGAUCCCAGGUCCACCUGCCACAAAGAGACUGAAGAGGACCAGGAAGUUGGAGCCAACUCCAGCCCCUCUCUCUGAACCUCCAGACACCAGAAAGUCAAAGAAGAAGAAAAUAAUCCCUGGCCCACCUGCCAGUCAGCAAGUGAAGAGAUCCAGAUGUCCUCCCAGCCCCUGGACCCCUAACCUAGUGGAGAUUAGACGUAGGACACCUACAGCCAGACCUCCUACCUGUGAGAUAGGUGUAACUACAUUUACCUUGAGAUCGAAGGUAGCGACAAGCCCUACCUUGAAGUCAGGUGUAGUCACAUCCCCAUCUAGUGGUGAAGCCUUUUCCACAUCCCCUGAGAGGAAGAAGAUGAGGAAGAAGAACAGGAAGAGGGCCAGGUGCAGUGGUGCGGCCGUUCCCACCCCCCCUGAGAGGAAGAUGAAGAAAAGGGCGAGGUGCUGCCCUGUCCCGUUGAACAACCCCUUGUCUGUCUGUCAGUCGCAGAGGGCCACCCAGGGCAGGAAGGCCUGUGUGUGGUGUAAACAGGAGAAAGAGUGGAUGAAGACCAUCUGGCAGUGUGAGGCCUGUCAGGUGGCCCUCUGUCUCAUACCGGGCAGAAACUGCUUCAGGACCUGGCACAAGACUCACAAGUGGAACGAGGAAGUAAUCUUCAGUCUGUUUUCUUAAAUGUUGUCAAAUAUGUGGGUCUGGAGCCUCAGCAUGAGAUAUUAAUGGUUUGUGGUCAAAAAGCCCACAUUCAGUUCCUAGUUCAUACGGUUUUAGUAUAAUUCAGGCAUACAUACAUUAAAUAAGAAAUAUUUCCUUUGUGGGUGUUUUUGCAAAAAAAGGAAGUUUGAAAAGUUUGCUACAUUUUCUUAAAAGCCCUUUUCCUCAUGUUGUUUAAGUUGACAUAUUAAAUACAUUGUUAAAAAACAAAUAUGCCUCUUUCAAAUGUGUGCACUUUGUACAUUACUUUACAGUUCUUGUUC